GGGUCAAUGGAGCAGAGGGUGCCCUGAGCAGGUUGCUGACAGAACUACAAUUCCCAGAGUGCCCCUGGGGAAUAGGUGGGGGAGAAAUGCAGGCGGGCUGGGGAAAGGCCUCCUGGGAGUUGUAGUUCCCUCUCGCGCUUCAGCCCAUGUUCUGGAGGGGAGGGAACUACAUUUCCCAGGAUGCAAAGUCCUGCCCGCGAGUGCAGGGAGGCUGGGGCCGCAGGAAGGUGGCUGGAGGCCUGAGGACGGGAGCGGCGGCGGGUCCCUGCGGAGAAGCCCAGCCUUGGGGCGCUGUCCCCCCUCCGGAUGCUCUCCGCCCGCCUCCUUCGCCAAGCCCUCCCUCGGCCAGCCCCCAGCUUUGGGUACUUGACAGCUGGUCCCGCCAUGGAGGAGAAGCCAGUGGAGUCGUCCAUUCGCACCAAGCUCCUGCAGGCCCUGCAGCCGGUGCACCUGGAGGUGCUCAACGAGAGCUCCAUGCACGCUGUGCCCCGGGGCUCCGAGACCCACUUCAAGGUGGUGAUCGCCAGCCCGCGCUUUGCUGGCCUGCCCCUGCUCCAGCGCCACCGGCUGGUGAAUGAGAUCCUCCAGGCGGAACUGGCCGGGCCCGUCCAUGCCCUCUCCAUCCAAGCCAAGACCCCCCAGCAGUGGGAAGAGAACCAGAGUGUGAGCCAGAGUCCAGGCUGCCUCGGGGGAUCCAAGCAUGACCCGCAGAUGGCAACCAAACUGGGCAGUCAGGGGUGACCCUAAGGGACAGUGCUGGGGGGGGCAGGGGGGGGCGGGAUUGGGUUGUGUUGGCUCACUCCCCGGGGUGACCCUGAUGCUCACAUUGUGACCACAUCCAGAGCCUUGCAAAGCUGCCUAGUGCUGGAAGUGGAGACAUUCACAGGCUGGGGUUGCACCACCAAUGCCAAGAGUCCACCAGGGUCAGCCCCAGACUCUGCCUGCCCCUAGCACUUGGCCGCGGGUUAUCAGUUUUUUGGUUGGUCAUGGGAAAUAUCCCUGGCUCCUCAGCUUUCAUGGUAGCAGGAGGGUCGGGCUGGCAGACCAGGCUCCCAACGGGUGCUAACACAUGUGUUCAUGGUAAUUGUGUCUGGAAAGCUGGGUGAGAUUUGCGAAGCCUGAUUUUUAAUGGAGACUGGGUGCCCGAAAUCUCUCCAGUGGCUUUAAAAAGCUCAGUGUCAUGCAUUUAAAGUGCGGGGGGGGGGGGGAAUUCCUUGUGUUGUUAAUAAAGCUCUUGACUGAGCAAAGAAUGGUUUCACACUGGAAAGCAGUGACAUUGUGUCUCUGGAUUUGGUUGACCCAGGUUGAGUUUGCAGCUGCAAAAUCUUUAUUUCACUUGGGAAACUGAGACCUGCUGGUUUGUUUUUCUUUCACCAUGCGCAUCGUCCGCAGCGACAAGAAUUCUGCAGAGCAGACCCUGCCCCUCAUGACCGAGAAUGCAAUUUGGGACUGUCAUUGGAACACAAUUAAUAGUUCUGUGGAGGAUGUUUGAGCCAGAAUAAACUCUCGCCCCCACCCUGUCUCUGGGCUGGCCCUGCAAGACUCGUAGAAGCCCUUUGGCUUGUGCUGGCUCUGCUGGGCUACUAAAAUAUCUGUAAGGCCAAUGAGAGGGAAGUCGUUUCUGCCAUCAGCUAUGAACUGUGCAUCCAGACAGGCGGCAGAUGAAUAAUGGUGAUAAUUAAUAUUUAGCUGGGAUUAGCAGCUGCACAGAGGAAAACGGAAAUCAGAGGUUGAAAGAAUCUUCAUCAUUUCUGCUUCGUUUCAAUGUUACUUUUCAUCAUUUCUGCUUUAUUUUGCAAUGCGUUCAGCUUGGGGCCAUGGAAAAUAGACUGAUCAGUUUUGUGACCAUGAGUGUGUCCAUCCCCCUGCCAGUUGGAGAGUGUCACUUUUGCCCUCUACUUCUCCUGUACUAGCACAAAGCUGGGAUGUUGGGGUUAAAAACAACACAGGGGAAACAUUCAAAACACGGUUGGGGCCGGAAACUCCCCCACCCCACCCCAGACUUCAUAGGGAUGUUUGUUUGAUCUCAAAGUUAUCCUGAUCUUGAGUCUCUUUGGUAUUUUUUACACCCUCCCCAAUAAAAACUCAAUUUGGAGCUAAAAUCCAGGCAGAUAGCAGAUCUGUAGCUGCCCAGUUGGGUUUUCCUCAUAACUCUUAGGGCAAGGCUUAGCGUAAGCAGGGACGCUGGUGACAAAAUGAGCGAGGUCUGGACUGUGUGUUUGCGGUUUGGAAUGUUCACUCUUCGUCAGUUGGCUCAGAUACGUGGCUGGAAGGCUCCCGGACGUUACAGGGCCUGGGAAGUUUUGAAGCUCUCGUUAUCUUUCUCCUUUGGGACUGUUGGAGGAUGUUUUUCUUGGCCGGGUCGCUAGCUGAAUCUGAUUAGGAAAUAAAAAUGAUUUGUCCAUGA